CGCGAGACAGCAAGUGCACUGGAAUCUGUUGAAAGCAAAUUGCGAAGUGAGAAACGAGAGAGAGUGAGAAAAUGAAGUUCCUACACACGUGGAUUAAUUUAUAUCACUGUAGUUAUUUUAAAGCUAUUCUGCUUGUCGGGCGGCUUUAAAACUAAAUCAUAAACGUUCGUUGAGUUUGACUCUAGUGGAGAAGCUUGCUAUGCUCGCGCACACAAACAAAUAACGGAGAACAACCCGCUGAACGUGCUGAGACGGUGCACACCUAUCGACGGAGAACGGACGAAUGACAUGGGAAACAUUUUAGAAACACCCUUUGUCGUCUAAUUUAUUAUUACACAAGUUAAACUGGUUGGAGAUCAAAGACGCUAGCAAGCUAUAUUUUGAACGUUUCGAUAGAUCAUUUGUAAACGGCACCCCCCUCCCAUCCAGGAUAAAACCAUAACAUAUAUGAUCAGAUUGAGGAAUGUGCGGCGUUAAAAACAUUUGACACGUCAUUAAACCGUAUCGGAUUAUUUUAGUCUCUACCAAAAGCAGCUUCCUCAUUAUCUACAGAACUGUCAACAGCGCUAGCAGCAGUUUGUCGCUUUGUUUACCUCGCUACUGUAGCUAGCUAGCUAACGUUUUGAGAGCAGGCUGCACAGUUGGAUGGAUAACGUUAGCUAACCUAGCUACCAACUAAACGUGGUGCCACCACUGGUGGGUAAUGCUAGCAGCACCUCUGUAUGACAACCAGCUGUUGGUUGUUGGGACGAGCAAUUUGAAUUGGUCCUGAUUUCUUUGACUGGCUGUUAGGAAAGCUUCCAAAGAGCGAGUGCCAACGGGGGUCGUCCGGUUUUCAGCCAGUCUUCAUUGCCACUGGGGUCACCAUGGCACAGCAGCAGAUGCCAAGCUCUCAGAAGGCACUAAUGCUUGAACUGAAGUCUCUCCAAGAGGAACCAGUGGAGGGUUUCCGCAUCACACCAGUAGAAGAGUCUGACUUGUACAACUGGGAGGUGGCCAUAUUUGGACCCCCCAACACACUUUAUGAGGGAGGAUACUUCAAGGCACACAUGAAGUUUCCAGUUGACUACCCCUACUCUCCACCUACUUUCCGUUUCCUCACAAAGAUGUGGCACCCCAACAUAUAUGAGAAUGGGGAAGUGUGUAUCUCCAUCCUUCACCCCCCUGUUGACGACCCACAGAGCGGAGAGCUACCCUCUGAGAGAUGGAACCCCACCCAGAAUGUCAGGACCAUCCUACUGAGUGUGAUCUCUCUGCUGAACGAGCCCAACACCUUCUCCCCGGCCAAUGUCGAUGCCUCUGUUAUGUUCCGCAAGUGGAGAGACAGCAAGGGCAAGGACAAAGAGUAUGCUGAGAUCAUCAGGAAGCAGGUAGUGUCCACUAAAGUGGAGGCGGAGCGGGAUGGGGUGAAGGUCCCUACCACGCUGGCGGAGUACUGCAUCCAGACCAAAGUGCCUUCCCACGACAGCAGCUCGGACUUGCUUUACGACGACCUCUACGAUGAUGACAUUGAGGAGGAUGACGAGGAAGACGAAGAUGAUGCAGAAGCUGGGUGCCAGAUGGCCGGAGAGGAGGGGAACUGCUUAAUUGACGAGGAAGACUCGGGCAACGAAGAGUCAUGACCUUCCUCCUCUCACUUUUUAUCCCGCUCCUCCCCACACCCUUCCUACCAGUGACUCUGCUGCAGCCCCCUCCUAUCCUUACUUUCUGAUUCCUUACCACGUGCGCACACACACACUCUUGCUCGAUCCAUCCCAUUCUUGACAGCUUCCCAUAGCACUUAGCAUGCCCAUAUUCUAUUAAGGCGCUCUACACCUGAAGCAGGGAUUUUUAACAGCUUUAUGGGGGUCAGAUUUAAUGGUUUUAUUAUGGCAUUUCUCUUAUUCAGCCAUUUGAGGGGUCAGUUUUAAACAGUUCAACAUAAUCACAUGCUUUAUAAUGACACCAAUCUGGCUUGUAUGCUGUCUACCAGUGUUGCCAACCAUUUUUUUGUGAGAAUUCCUAUUGGCUGCUUGAUUUGUCGCCAGAUGAUGUUUUGCUGUUACCAUGACAUUUUCUCCCCUUCUCCUGCUGCACACCCCCUCCCCUUAUGCUUCUGUACCUGUGUGUGCAGUGUUGCUGUGACUUCUUUUGCAUAGGCAGAUUUUCUCACUUUUGUUUGUGGAAUUAUUUAGUGGGAACAGUCACUAAAGGGUAUCAAAACUCAUCUCCAAGGCAGCCUGAAAAGUAGCUUAAUUUUGUCGCUAGGCACUUUGACAAAUAAAAGUUGCUGUGGGGGUCUGAAAACUGACUGAAUAUAGCGACUUUAAGUUGGCAACACUGGUUUCUACCCCUCCCAAGGUUAAAAUACACUCUCAAACUAGUUCUAAUUCCGUUGUGUUAAACCACAAUUUAAAUUAACUCUAAUUUGUUCUUAUGCUGUGGAACAGGGUGGUAAGAGGCACUCAACUAACAUACCCCUCUCUUACUCUCUCACACAUCAGUUAAAUUAAUCAACAAAAAACCUACUCUUUCUGUAUUGCCCUGGCGUCGCUCUGGAUAAGAGCGUCUGCUAAAUGACUUAAAUGUAAAUGUAAAAGGACCAUUUUUGCUUGGUUCCUCAUGUUUCUCUGAGUCAUCCACUCAAUCAAAGAUCGCUAGCAGAUAGGAAGGGUUGGGCACUGACUCCCAACAUGCAUCUCUUUGAGUGGAUUCAUCUCAACAUGCAUAUUUUCAACCAGAGACUGUAGAGAAGCAAUCUCUGCUCCAACUUCUGAGGUGAAAUGCACCUGAAACUGAUAAAGGGUUUCUGAGACUGAUAAACUGAUAAAGUUUCACGCCUGAUGUCACUUAAACUCUUGUGCUCUCAAACAAGAUGCUUCCAAAUAUUGGUACGGUACCAGCGAUGGAUAAUUUCCAUGGGGACUGGACUGGCGACAUGGCGUUGUUUCCUUGGUGACUGAUUUGUAACAACCCAUUCUUUCUAUGCCUAUGGGGGACUUGAACACCAGGGGUAAAUGAGACAAGUGGACCCCUGAGAGAGCAACACUGCUGUUUCAAGUAGAGACAAUUUGUUCUGUUAGUAUUUGCUGUAGUCAGUAAUCUCCCAUUCAAGGUUUGAUGAAAACAUCUCUCUUUACCCAGAAACACAGACAAUUAAUGCUGGAUCACCAUGGGAAGUGUUGGCCAUUCCAUAACACUUUGUUACAGCUGAAGUUUGGGGUGUGUCACCUUCCUCUACUAAGGGUGUGUAUGAGCAACAGACCUGGGUUCACAUACUAUUUGAAAUCAUUUUAAAUGUCCCAAAAGUGCAAACCCAGACUUUUGAAAGCAAACUAUUUGAUUUUGAAUAGUAUUUGAAUGCAGGUCUGAUGAGCCAGACAUUGAGGUUACAAAUGCUUGGGUAUAAUGGAGUGAACUGAAAGCCACUUAAUGUCUUUGAUUUUUCAUUUGAGUUUGGUAGUCCUCAAGUGGUUCCAAAGUAAAUGUGAUUCAUGAUGUUUUUGUUGCCAAAGAGAUCUCCCAGUGCCAGUCACAGGCCCUUGACCACAGAUGGGUAAUCAUUACAUAGAAAAGCAUUCCGUUUGGGGACACGUAGAGCGCUUCAUAACCAUUAUGAUCAUUUAUUAGAUAUCUCAAUUAUGUUUAAUUUUAAUUUAAGUUCAAUAAUCGCUUAGAGACUUUGGGCUUGAUUCAAUCAUAUGCACAGGGCAAUAUUUAUGCAGUAGUAUGUAGGCCUAAACAUAGUGGGUAAACAAAGAUAUUGUGUAAACAUUGCUAAGGCAGGGUGGCUUGGAUCCGGCCCUUGGUGUCUUUCAGCUAAUGUUACGUGUUUGUUUUUCGGAGUAGAAAAUUCACCUUGUUUUUCAUGGUCUAACUGAACUUACGUCAUGAACGUUGACUGAAGAUAAAAUAAGCUUACUUUUGUGAAUCAAAGGCUUUAUAUUUGGGUUGUUUGUUGCACAAAGUCAAAUAAAUACAGAGAGCACUGGAAAUUGUCAAA